UAUCAAAGUAGUAUAAAAGAGAAAUACUAUGUUAGUAUUAUCUAUCUGUUUUUGUCUUAGUUUCCAUUCAAGUACAUCCAAGAAAAAAGAAAACAAAUAAAACAUGAAUACAUUAGCAAUAGUUAUCGUGCUUGCUAUGAUGGUUACUUUAGCCUCUGCUCGCGGUUAUGAUACAUAUAAUAGAAAUCAAAGAUCAUGGGAUUUGCUCGGAUCUAGAGGUCUGAAUAAUGGAUGGAAUAGUAGAAAUCUGAAUAAUGGAUGGAAUAGUGGUUGGAAUGGCGGACAUCUGACAGGAGGAUUAAAUGGCGGAUAUCGAAGACACAAAAGAGCAGCUACUGGAUACGGCUCAUAUGAUCCAUACAGAAGCAGUCAUUUUGACAGUGGAUUAGGACGGUUGGACAGAUGGGGAACAAAUUCAGGAAGGAGAUCUAAUUUAGGAUGGAGAUCUAAUUCAAGAUGGAGUCAGCUAGGAUAUUAAGAAAGACGUCGACACAAGGAGUACAUUACAACAUCUAAACAUGACAUCGACCAUCCGUAGAUUUUUUACUUUUUCAAAUAAAAAUUUGUGAACUUAAUAUGCAUCUUUUUAUUUUUUAUAGUACUGCAAAUGCAUUUGUCACUACAUAUCUAGACAUUUGAAUAAAUUGCUGAUCAAGGAAA